AUGAAAUCUUUCUUCUCUGCAUUGUUAGGUUUCGACGCUGCUAAUGGCCAGGCUUCCGAGGGUAUUUUGGGGACCGUGAAAGCAUAUUUUGGGUGUGUAGAGGCACAGGGUCGGGGUACGUUGCAUUGCCAUUUGAUGGUAUGGCUUGAGGGUGGGCUCGAUCCUAAUGAGAUCAAGGCUCGCAUCCAUGAUAUGAAUGACAUCAAAUUUAGAGAUCGUCUGUUAGCCUUGCUAGAUGAUAGUAUAUGCAAUGAGAUCCCACCUGAUCCAGGGCCUGAAUAUGUUGUACCUUCUUCAAUUCAUCAUCCUUGUGCAGUGAGAGGAAUAGCAGUCAAUUCAGAUCACAAAACAUCUGAUAACAGCCUAAGUCGUCAGAAGGAUUUGCAUAAUGUUGUCAAGGCAUGCCAGAUUCACAAGCACAAUGCAACAUGUUUCAAAUAUUGGAAAGGUCCACCUGCGCCGCGGGAAUGUAGAUUUGAUUUGAGUGAGGAUCAUUUUUGUCCUGCCAGUUAUUUCAACACUGAGUCCGGAGAGAUUUGUCUGAAAUGUCUUGAUGGUAUGGUCAACAAUUUCAACAAGACAAUGAUGGAAGCCGUGCGAUGUAAUAUGGAUAUAAAGUUCAUUGGUUCAGGUGCGUCCGCUAAAGCGAUCUUGUACUACAUCACAGAUUACAUCACAAAGUCCCAACUAAAGGCACACGUUGCCUAUGCAGCAUUGGAUCUAGCACAGCGUAAAUUGAGUGAGUAUGAUCCGGCUGAUGAUGAGCUUGUGCAGCGCGCCAAAGAAUUGAUCAGAAAAAGUGCGCAUGCGAUGAUCUCACAUCAGGAGCUUUCUGCACAGCAAGUUUCAGCUUAUCUGAUGGACCAAGGUGAUCAUUACACGAGCCAUGAGUUUCAGAAUUUGUUCUGGACAUCGUUUGAAAGGCAUUUCGAGGACACACUGCCAAAAUUCACAUUACCAAUGGUGAAGAACAGGACAUUGGGUUCUCUGCUGAUGAUGUGCAGGAUGAGGAUGCAAUUCCAAAUCUGGGCGACGACACUUUAG